UUAAGCUUUUCGCUAUUGGAUUAUUUUGAAACGAAUAAAAAAAGGCAGUGGCUGUCAAAAGAAAACAAAACAACAAUUGUAAACAAAUCAAGAACAUUUUCCGUAAAAAUUAGUGCUUAUUGGAAAAUGCCCUGUUGGUAUUAUGAUAAAAAUGAAUUACGUGAUACACCGUCAGUGCGUGAUGGCAUACCAUUGGACACGGAGCGUCGCUAUCGCAAGGAGGGCGCUCGCUUCAUAAUGACCUGUGGCACACAGAUGGGUUUGGGUCACAAUACCAUGGCUACGGGUGUGGUUUAUUUCCAUAGAUUCUAUAUGUUUCAAUCGUUCAAACAUUUUCCGCGUUAUGUGACAGCAUGUUGUUGCCUGCUGCUGGCGGGUAAAGUGGAGGAGACACCAAAGAAAUGUCGUGAUAUAAUAAUGAUAGCCAGACAAUUGCUGACGGAUAAUCAUUUCUAUUCGUUUGGCAAAGAGCCAAAGGAGGAAGUCAUUACUUUGGAACGCAUACUCUUACAAACCAUUAAAUUUGAUUUACAAGUGGAACAUCCCUACUCCUUUCUGCUGCGUUAUGCCAAAUGUUUCAAGGGUGAUCAACAGAAACUACAGAAAAUGGUACAAAUGGCUUGGAAUUUCGUCAAUGAUUCCCUAAGCACUGUGGUGUGUUUACAAUGGGAACCGGAAAUCAUAGCUGUGGCCCUAAUUUAUUUAGCCUCUAAACUCAGCAAGUUUACGGUGGUCGAUUGGGUGGGCAGACAGCCCCAACAUACGCGUUGGUGGGAUAUGUUUGUAUCCGAUGUUACUAUGGACAUUUUAGAAGACAUUUGCCAUCAGGUCUUAGAUUUAUAUCAAACAAAUUCCAAAGAUAAUAUCGAAAGCAAUAGUCCACCUCAGAAACCACCAAGUAGGGCCGACAGUCCAACGCCCAUGAAAUCAUUGCCAAUUGCAAAUCAUUCUGGAUCGCCGGCUGCUAAAACAAAGAAUACUUCAACAAAUUCUAAUAUCAUAAUAGCUGCCGCUAAUGAGCUUAAUAAUAUACAAAGUAUAAAGACUAUUUCGUCAGGUCCGGCUACUGCCACCACAGUACCGGCACCCACGCCCAUAGAACAUCCACCCUCAACGCAUGGUGCAACGGCGGCGGCCAGUUAUCAUCAUGCCGCCGCUCACCACCACUCGGCCCAUCAUAUGUACUCGGCACCACAAGCCAUGGCCAGCCAUCCUUUGCAUGCAAUGUAUCAACCAGUAGCACCUCCACCACCACCAGGCGGCGGCUAUAUACCCACAGUGGCCGGUACUAAUUCUGGUCCAGCUGUUAUACCACCUCCACUACCGCCACCACCUAUGAUGGCCUAUGGCUCAUUGCCACCCUACGGCGGCCCCUCUCAUUAUGCCAGUGCGCCACCGCCAAUGCCUCCGGGUGUUUCACUGGGUGGUAGUGCUCCACCACCGCCUCCACCUGGUGUUGACAAUAAUCCACCCGCCUCCAGUCGAGGUGGCUACUAUCAACCUCCACCGCCAGGCAGCUAUUCUGGUGGUGGCAGACAACGUUAUUAAGGUACAGGUACAGACACUUUGUUAAAAUUAUGUUGUAUUUAAAAAAGAGUAUCAUUUCAUUUAGCAGGACAAUUUAUUUCAAAUUUCGAAAUAAAUCAAUUCUUAAAUUAAGAUAAUUUUGUUUUUAUAUCUAACAAAAAAUAUAUAAAUCUAUUAAAAAAAAUAUUGUAAUAAAAAGAGGAAGCAUUUUUUAAAGUGAAAUUAAUAA